AGACAGACAGGUAGUUCCGGGUUAGUAGGAGGAGGCGGAGGGUGUAGACAGAGUGAAUGUCCUGUGUCGCUGUCAGGGAUGAUAUCCGGGUGUUCGGAUAGGGAUAGGAAAGCUCAGCUGUAGUAAUCUGGCUAGGAUGAGAUCGGUGUGUUCGGGGUCUGGCGGGGUGACUGGGAAGGAUGAUGAGGAGUGAGCUCUCCUAGGAGGGGGAAGGGAGUAGGUAGGUAGAGCGGUGAGUGUCCGGCGGGUCCUCGUUGUGUUCCAGGGAAGGGUCAGGCUAUCCGCUCAGUUGGCGGGGAUCAGGGCGGCCAUUCCUGCGUACGGCUGCAGGAUCAUGGGAUCGGAGAGCAGCUCUCUGAGGGGAUUCACCCUCCAGGACCCUCCAUGGAGUCAGCCCUCCGGUCUCACCAUCUACCCGGCUCUGCUCCAGGAUGGACGCCUGGCCUCAGUCUUCGUCUAUCAGCUGGAGAACCAGGAGAAGGUGGACAAGGCUGCUAAGCAUUUGAAAACCUUGCGUCAUCCAUGUCUGCUCCGUUUCUUGUUGUGUACUGUGGAGGAAGAUGGGAUCUACCUUGUAACAGAGCGGGUGCAGCCCCUGGAAAUGCUUCUUGAGAAACUAACAAGUGAUGAAAUUUGUGCAGGAAUCUAUGACAUUUUGCAAGCUCUGGUAUUUCUACAUGACCGGGGAAAGGUUUCCCAUAACAAUGUGUGUCUUUCCUCUUUGUUUGUGAGUGAAGAUGGACACUGGAAGUUGGGCGGAAUGGAGAUGGUGUGCAAAUUAACAGAGGUGGUUCCUGAGUCUGCCGAGUUUGGAGUUGUGCCAGUGUCAUUAAGCCAUGCUCGAGAUGCUUUCUUAUUUGGACGACUGGUGGAAAAUCUUCUGACACAUGUGAAAGAUCAAACUGAUGUUCUCUCCAGCUUCAAGAACAUGGUUAAGAACUGUCUUUUGAACCCUGAACCAGAGCUCCGGCCUGCUCUGUCAUCUUUACUCUCCCAUGACUAUUUUAGGAAUCAUUUUCUGGAAAUUGUCAACUUCCUGGAAAGUUUAACUGUAAAAAGUGAAGAGGAGAAGAAUGAAUUUUUCAAGUUUCUUUUGGACAGAGUGGCAACUUUGCCAGAAGAGCUCAUCUCCUCCAGAUUGGUCCCUCUGUUACUAAAUCAAUUUGUAUUUGCUGAGCCUAUGGCAGUAAAGAGCUUUCUUCCCCAUCUUCUGAGACCAAAAAGAGAUAUUAUGGGGAGAAACCGUGAAGAUUGUCUCCUGUCCCCACCUCUCUUCCAGACCAGAGUAAUCCCAGUGUUGAUGAAAAUGUUUGAAGUUCAUGAAGAACAUGUUCGAGUUGUGUUACUGACCCAUAUUGAUGCUUAUGGAGAACUUUUCACUUUAAAAGAACUAAAAGAUAUUAUUCUUCCACAAGUUCUCUUGGGUUUGCGUGACACUAGUGAUUUGCUGGUGGCAGUAACCUUACGUGGCUUGGCUGCACUAGUGUGUUUACUGGGACCAGAAGUGGUUGUGGGAGGAGGAAGAGUGAAGAUUUUCAAAAGUACAACCCCCGGAUUUACAAAAAUGGCAGAUGCUACACCAGAAGGUAGCUUAAUGAGAAAAUGUUCUCCUGUGCAUGGCACAAAAAACCACGUGCACCAGGCAACGUCAAACAGUCUGUCGUCAGUACUGUCAAAAAGCAAUUUUGCGGUAAACCACAAAUCCCUAAUUAACACCGAUUUGAACAGGAAAGAAUCACUAAAGGAGAUUUUACAGGAGAUUUCCAUACAAAAGGACUGCUUUUCACAUUCAUUGAAUGGUGUUUCUAAACCCAAAGACUCCCUCCUAACUGAUCAAGUACAACAGUCAACAGAAGACUGGCCAGAUUGGAGUGAAUCAGAGGGGCACACAAGUGAAAAGAUCCUCAGUGUCCACGAUAAUACAGAAACUAAUGACAGAUCAGAAAUGGAGCAAUGGAUUGAUUUUAGUUUGCCAUGUGAUAGUUCAAGAACUGUGACAACCGCUGCUGACACGUUUGUUAAACUGUCUUCUGCAAAGCCUGUUUCUGAACUGGACAAGAGUGCAAAUAGCAGGAGUUUCCAUACUGUGAAAGAGAAUAAGGAAUCGAAGCCAGAUCCUGUGCCAGAUCCUGUGCCAGAACAAGUCCCAAAAAUUAGGUUUGAGUCCGAGUACGGUUUGGGGGAUGAAUUCACGAUAAAAGUCAGGAGCAAAAGCAAAGACCCAGAACUGGACUGGUUUGCAGAUAUGACACCGGAAAUAAACAUUUCUUCUGCUUUUUCUGCUUCUGGAUACCAUGAAUUUGAAAAUAAAACACAGACUAAUGUAAUAACAGAUUCAGAACAAACAGAUUCGUUUUCAUCCAAAUUUGCUGCUGCUGAAAAUACAGAGAUGGAAGCAGAAGGCUGGGGUGAAGAGAAUGACUUCAGCUGGGAGGAAGAUGCCAAUAAUUUGUGAUUGGUUACAAAGGCCAUUCCUUAUUUAUUGAUUGAGUUAAUGAUGAACUAACUGCUCACCAGCCAAGGAGACAUCAGCUGAUCGCACAGCAAACUGUCAUAUGCAAAGUUGUCAAUGAUUGUGUGACCUUGCUUCUGCUGUAAUUAUCACUAUUUUAAAACUGAUAAAUCAUUUAAAAUAAGUUAAAACUGCAAGGAAUUCGAUUUGCAUAUUUGUUGUAUAAAUGACUUAUGCUGAUCAUUAUAUUUGCUAUUUUUAACAUGCUAAACAAGGUCAGGGGUCUCCAAACUUUUUAUCUGUGGUCAGUAGGAGGAGGACUAGUGUUCCAUCAAUGGUAUAAGUGCCCCCUUGUUGAUGGCAGUGUGAGGAUUAGUUAUUUUGUAAUUUGAAGAAGUUAUCGUUCCCCCUAAAGGGCCUGAUAAAGGCAAGCAAAGGCCCACAUAUGGCUAGUAAGCCACAGUUUGGAGACCACUGAACUAGAAAGUUUGCCAUGCAGAUGGAGGAGGCACAAUUAUAUAUUAUACUCCCAGUUUUUUUUGUUUUUCCAGCACAGUAGAUUUUAAAUAUUUCAUUAAUAAAUGUGAAAACUGAUCAGCUAACAGGUCUAGGGAAUGUAUAACUGUAAAUAUGUUUUGAACAUUAAAACUCUCAGCUGGAUUUACCACUGAAAGUCUAGAAUA